GAAGAAGCAGUUGUUCGGACCCACGUCGUCUCCGGACAAAUUUGGCAUUUCCCAUACACUGUUUGUUCUCACAACCCUGCCCGCACAUUUGGCCAAAAUCGAGCAGCAUUGGCGGAAUGGGAGGCUGAGAUUCAUAAAAACAAGAAACCACCCCUGAAUUGCUUUCUUCCUUGCUCCUUGUCAUCCUUCAUUUCUUUCUUUCAGGGGCUCCUACACAGCGAUCUCACGACAGAGUUUGGCUGCAACCCAUUCAUUUCCAGCGUUCGUGUGUUCCAUAAUGGCGGGGUGACCUCCCCUUCCUUUAUCGGACCGUACCAUUUCCCGAUCAAAAAGCAUUACUUACUGGUUUGAUUAUAUACCGGAUUAAGCAGUUUUGAUUCCAUGCUGACGGGAAUUGGCGGCGGCGAAGGAGACGAAUGGGUUGCAUCAGCUCGAAGCAGGCGGCUCCGGGGUCUCCAUGUAUUGAGUAUUCGGCGGCCCUGACCAAGAAUGGCUCUGUUGUUCUCGAGCCUUCCGUGAGCAACAAGAAAAACAAGAAUACUAGUCAUCUUAAUACGUCUCAUUGUUCCGAAUUGCGAAACAACGGCAGUAGUAAGAGAAGCAGCAAUAGUUUUAACAAGAAGGAUCAGACUGAUCAGAAUCAGAAUGUUCAGGACAAGGACAAGGACAAGGAGAAGCCGUCCGACGAUCACAAGAACAAGGAGCUGAAGAAGUCCAAAAAGGAGGGUAAUGGGAAAGCUGGUUUUAGCUUCAAGUUGGGUUUCUCUCAUAGAUCUUUGGAGAGUGAACAGGUCGCCGCCGGCUGGCCUUCUUGGCUCAGCGCCGCUGCCGGAGAAGCCAUCUACGGUUGGGUGCCCCUCAAAGCUGACGCUUACGAAAAAUUGGAGAAGAUUGGGCAAGGAACAUACAGCAGUGUAUUCAGAGCACGUGAAGUUGAAACAGGGAGGAUUCUUGCACUUAAGAAAGUGCGUUUUGACAACUUUCAACCAGAGAGUAUUAGGUUUAUGGCUCGCGAGAUUAUGAUUCUUCGUAGGCUUGAUCAUCCUAACAUCAUGAAACUGGAGGGGAUAAUAACAUCUCGAUCAUCGAGUAGCAUAUACCUAGUGUUUGAGUACAUGGAGCAUGAUCUGGCUGGACUAGUAGCUGCUAAUGACAUCAAAUUCAGUGACGUGCAGGUUAAAUGCUAUAUGAGGCAGCUAUUCUCUGCAGUCGAGCAUUGUCAUUUGAGAGGUAUUAUGCAUCGAGACAUCAAGGCGUCGAAUAUAUUGGUAAACAAUGAAGGGAUUUUGAAGUUGGCAGAUUUUGGAUUGGCAAAUGUGGUAAACUCAAAAAGCAAUCAACCACUAACAAGUAGGGUGGUGACCUUGUGGUAUCGUCCUCCCGAACUCUUGAUGGGGGCAACGGAGUAUGGAGUAUCUGUGGAUCUCUGGAGUGUGGGCUGUGUGUUUGCAGAACUCUAUCUAGGGAAGCCUGUUCUUAAAGGAAGAACUGAGGUUGAACAAUUACACAAAAUUUUCAAGCUUUGUGGUUCUCCACCUGAAGAUUACUGGAAGAACUCAAAGCUUCCUCACGCAACAAUGUUUAAACCUCAGUAUUCUUAUGAAAGUUCUCUUAGGGAAAGAUGUAAGGAAUUUCCAACCACAUCGGUGGACUUGUUACAAACACUUCUUUCAGUAGAACCUUACAACCGCGGAACUGCCUCCUCUGCCCUUAUGUCUGAGUAUUUCAGAACAAAGCCUUAUGCUUGCGAUCCAGCAAAGUUGCCGAAGUAUCCUCCCACCAAGGAAAUGGAUGCUAAAAGUCGUGAGGAUGCACAGAAGAAAAAGCAUGGUCCUCGAGGACGAGAGACAGCGGCCAAAAAACCAAGGAGAUUCCGAAAGACUUUGCAAGAGACCAACUCUGCAAAGUUAGCACCAAAAGAGGAUAGACAAGACGAUAACAGUAGCCAAUUAUCUCGUAGAAAUCAUGGCGGUUACCCCCACAUUCUAAGGCCAAAAGCAAGUCUUCUGCGUAGAGAUUCUCAAACAGCGGCAUUUGAUACAGUUUCAGAGAACUACGAGUUGAAUGCACCCGAAGGAGACAGCACAUUCUCCUCUGCUGCAGGCGCACAAGCAGGAGCUGGAAGCGGCUUUGCAUGGGCUAAAAGGCGAAACGCAGAAUUCAGUACUAAAUCCGUGGUUUCAGAUGGCUCGAAAAGCCAAUUCAGUGUGUUAGAUACAACUUUCGCCAAGAGUGCAUUUGACUUGUCGAAACCAGGGAAUGAAAAUGGCAAGACAAUCCGAAAGAUGCGAACUUUUGAUGGAUCGGAACUUUUCUGUGCAGAUGGUCCCGAAGAAGACGAUGUAGAAAACAAUAUGAAUCACAAGUCAGUAGACAAACAUGUUAUCGAGUACUCGGGUCCAUUACUAUCCCAACAUGGUAGAAUCGAUGAACACUUACGAAGAAACGAGAGUCAUCUUCGUCAUGUGGCUCGCAGAUCAAGGUUCGAAAGAGAAGCAGAACCAGCACCCUCACGGUGAUGCACUCAAAACUUUGGCAAUGCUUGUUCAAACAAAGUCAUCGAAAAACCUCCACAGAUGGUUGGAUCGAUCUCAAAACGACAUAUUUAUUGUCCUAAGUUGCAUUCUAACGUGUUCAAUAGACAUUCCCUUAGAUAAGUUUCAUA